UCGUUAGAGCUGGUGAAUUGCAGUCGCUAAUCGUAUUGUACUGAGGUGAACAUCUCUACUGUGAACCAUGAAUGCUGUGCAAAAAUCCACGCAGAAGGAGGAAAGAAAGGAAGAGGAAAAAUGUACAGAAGCAAAACCCGCCUUGACUCAAAGACAAGUGAUAUGCCUGGUAGCGAUAGGCGGUACCAAGCUCCUGAAUGGUAUGAUGUCUGGCUGGCCCGCGGUUUUGCCCAAGUUACAGGAAGACCACAGCAGGUUCACGGUGACGGACGAAGACGUGGCCUGGAUCAUUUCCCUGAUGUUCAUCAUGGGUUUCGUGAUCUCCCCUCUGGCGGGCCUCGUAGCGGAACACGUGGGUCCGCGGCGUCUGCUGGUCAUCGCGAUGUUCCCUGUGGCCGGGUUCUGGCUCCUGCAGGCAUUCAGUCCGUACCUGUGGCUCCUGUACCUCGGCAGGGGCCUUCUCGCGUCCACUGCCACAGUAACAUUCACCAUAGUGCAGCCCUUGGUAGUAGAGCUAUGCCCUCUGAGAAUCAGGGGUCUGGCUUCGGUCCUGCCAGAGCUGUUCCACUGCGUUGGACUGCUGGCGUCCUACCUGCUGGCUUCUCUGCUGUCCUGGGACAUGGCUACUGCUAUUUCCGCUGCCCCGUUCGUGCCCUUGGCUCUGCUGGUACUGCUUGUACCAGAGUCACCUUACUGGCUCGUGAGAAAGAAUAAGAUCGACGCAGCUGAGAGAUCUCUAAGACUUCUGUUGGGUCGUGACGGCAAUGUGGCUCAAGAACUGGAGGCAAUUAUGAGCACGACGACCCAGCGACAGAGUGAAGUUAAGGACCAGGUAAGGGAGCUUCGCAAAGCCCAAAACGCUAUACCAGUUGUUUUGAUGCUCAGCGUGUUCAUGCUGCGAGAGCUCGGCGGGAAAGGGCCGGUCUUCAGCUACACUGUGUACAUAUUCCGCAAGGCAGAAGUGGAGCUGGAUGCAUUUUAUUGCACAGUUUUCGUCGGUGUUGCUCGACUUGUAAGCACGUGCGUGUCUGCUUGCUGUCUGGACCUGGUAGGUCGCAAACGCCUUCUCGUGGCGACGGCAGUGAUGUGCGCAGUGUCGGAGGGCGUCGCCGGAACCUUCCUCUUCCUGGAAGUGGAGGGGGUCACGUGGGUGCCCCUGGCAUCUGUAAUUGUCUUCGUGAUCGGCUAUGGGAUUGGUCUCGGACCCAUUCCCUGGACAUAUCUCGGCGAACUCUUGCCGACACCUGUCAGGUCUCUGGGAGCUGCCUUGAUCACUUUUGGUUACUCCAUUAUUUACUUUGUCGUGAACAUUUUGUUCCUGAAAGUGAUCUCUUCCCUCGGCCUGGGAUUGACGAUGCUGAUAUUCGGCACAGCGAAUCUGGGUAUCGCCAUGAUAGUCCAGUUAUUCAUUCCCGAGACCAAAGGGCGCACUUUGCAAGAUAUGGAAAAGGCCUUCUCAUCCAGGGGUAAGGGCAAGGCAUCUCCUCAGCCAAUCCCGACUGUCGCUGUUCUGGCAGAGAUGAGGCAGACCGUCUUGCAAGGGAAGAAAGAAAACGAAAGAACUGAAGACUGCUAUUACGGUUAUCAAUAUCAAUCCUUUGCAUGGUCCUAUCAUUAUUAAUUUUAUCAGGACCAUUGCUAUCUUUACUAUUGUUGUAUAAUUGUUAAUACUCUUUUCAUUAUUAAAGACAUUGUUGUUAUUAUAAUUAGUUUAAGUCCAUACUUGUUUUUUUCUUGUUAAUUUAAGGAUUUUGAUUAUGAAUGUGAAACGCGUUUACCGUUGGCAAGUCUCAGUGUCUUGAAGCAACCUCUCUGCACUUUUAUCACUGACGGCUCGACAUUCUUUGGGGGAAAAGGAAAGAUACGAAUGCAGAAAAUUUAGUUUCAAUGGCGUAUUAUAACCAUGACAUUCAUAACAAUUGAUAAACUGAUUUUUAAAACAUGAUGACCUUUACUCGCACUCCAAAAUACACACCGAACUCCUAAGUUAAUUUCAUAAAUUAGAAAAUCAUUGCUUUUACAAAGCAGAUCCUUAGACCUGAUUUUAUCUGAAGCGUUGGCAUAAAGAACAUGCCCUUUCUCAAUAAUGGUCCAUCAAUUGAAAUGUGUGACCAAUGAAUCUCGUGGCAGCCAAUUCGGCUGUGAUAAUAUUGUUCUUCUGUUUCACUUACCCAAGAAACUACAUGUAGAUUUACAUGAUAUAGACAGCUUUCAAUCCAUUAGGAAUUAUAACUUUCAAACCUGCUCAGAAAAGCGUCCACGCUCGUGGUACUUCAAAUAAUCUAGAAUGAAAGAUGCAGAUUCAUAUCUCUCUCCUUAUACUUGAGUGUGAACAGUGCAACUAUUAUAUAUAAUAACGGCAUGAUGUUUUUUCAUGCGUGGCAAAUUAACUCUGAUGCUGUAGAAAAAUAAAUAAUUAAACUCUUA